CCAGUUGCAGUCCUUGGCGAAACGCGGCGCGUUCGAUCGCCAGACGAUUAUAUUAUUUUUUGUUUGUGCUAAAUUUAAAAUCCACGUUAAUUUUAGUUGUGCGGCCUUUGACGAGUGUAAAGGCUGCCUGAAAAAUCAGUUCGAUACGUUUGAUAAGCUGCGAAAUGUGCAGCGGCCCAACUGCGUCAGAGUGUUGAACGUGCCAUUGCGAGAAUGCCUUCUCGCGGUCCCACGUCAUAGUCACCAUCAUUAGCAACUAGCAACUAGCAACACUCGCGGCAAGCAGCAAUCAGCAACCAGCAACCAGCAACUGGCAACUGGCAACACCAAUUGCAAUUGCAUCUGCAGCAGCAGCAGCAGCAGCAGCUGGCAACUAGCAACUAGCAGCACAAAACUCACAGCCAAAUCGAACGCAACAAAGCUUCCAGAGUCAGCGUGCCACGCAAUCACUUCCAGGAGAAAGGAGAUCCUAGUUCAAAAAAAAAAACAAAAAAACAAAGAAAAAGAAAACCAAAAACCAGCCAUGCAGUUGCUCCUCAAGUCGAUCUUCACCUGCGCACUAUUAGUGAUCUUUGUUUAUGCCACCGCCCAAUCGCUGGCGAAAGUCCAGGAGAGCGAGGCGCGGCGGGCGUACCUCAAUCUCACCUCCAACUCCUACUCCUCCGCCCACUCCUCCUCCGCAUCCUCCUCGUUGAGGAGCAGUAGAAAUCCCGGAGAGGAGGAUGGAGGCCACUUCCUUAGCCGGCGGCUGAGGCAGGCGCCGUACGGCGAGGAGGGCGACGAGGGGGCGGAAACGCAAAGCGAGCACGAGCGGAAACAGGAUUCGGCCAACCAGGAGGCACCCGAUGUGGAGGAGCUGCGCCAGUGCAGCGAGGGUCUCGUCUUGCCGCUCUGGAUGCCCCAGGAGAACAUCUCGCUGGGCGAUCGGCUCGUCCGCGGGUUCGUCUACUUCGUCCUGCUGAUCUACCUGUUCGUGGGCGUGUCCAUCAUAGCGGACCGCUUCAUGGCCGCUAUCGAGGCGAUCACCUCCAUCGAGCGGGCGGUGGUGGUCAAGGGGCCCAACAACAUCAAGCAGGUGAUGCACGUGCGCAUCUGGAACGAGACGGUGGCCAAUCUGACGCUGAUGGCCCUCGGCUCUAGUGCCCCCGAGAUCCUGCUCUCGGUGAUCGAGAUCUAUGCGAAGGACUUUGAGAGCGGCGACUUGGGACCCGGCACCAUCGUGGGAUCGGCGGCGUACAACCUCUUCAUGAUCAUCGCCGUGUGCAUGAUCUGGAUUCCGGCGGGCGAGGUGCGCAGGAUCCGGCAUUUGCGCGUCUUCUUCGUAACGGCCGCCUUCUCGAUCUUCGCCUACGUGUGGCUGUGGCUCAUCCUCUCGGUAUUCACGCCCGGCGUGAUUCUCGUGUGGGAGGCGAUCGUCACGCUGCUCUUCUUCCCGCUGACCGUUUUGUGGGCAUACAUCGCCGAGCGCCGGCUGCUGGUGUACAAGUACAUGGACAAGAACUACCGGGUGAACAAGCGCGGCACGGUGGUGGCCGGCGAGCACGACCAGGUGGAGAUGGAUGCGGAGAAGGGCCCGAGGGACCCCAAGCACUCGAUGGUCACGUCCGCGCGCGGCACCGACGCCGAGGCCUUCGACGAGGCGCGUCGCGAGUACAUCCAUGUGCUGACGGAGCUCCGCCAGAAGUACCCCGACGCCGAUCUCGAGCAGCUGGAGAUGAUGGCCCAGGAGCAGGUGCUCGCGCGCAGCAGCAAGUCGCGGGCCUUCUACCGCAUCCAGGCCACUCGCAAGAUGGUCGGCAGCGGCAACCUGAUGCGCAAGAUCCAGGAGCGGGCCCACAGCGAUCUCACCGAGGUGAAGGCCCAGCUGCACGCGGGCGACGACGAGGACACCGACGACCCCAUCCGCAUGUACUUCGAGCCGGGCCACUACACCGUCAUGGAGAACUGCGGCGAGUUCGAGGUGCGCGUCGUCCGCCGUGGCGACAUCUCCACCUACGCCAGCGUGGAGUACGAGACCCAAGACGGCACCGCAUCCGCUGGCACGGACUUCGUUGGCAGGAAGGGAUUGCUCAGCUUUCCGCCCGGCGUCGACGAGCAGCGCUUCCGCAUCGAGGUCAUCGAUGACGACGUCUUCGAGGAGGACGAGUGCUUCUACAUCCGGCUGUUCAAUCCCUCGGAGGGCGUCAAGCUGGCCGUGCCGAUGAUCGCCACCGUGAUGAUCCUGGACGACGACCACGCCGGCAUCUUCGCCUUCACGGACUCCGUCUUCGAGAUCACCGAGUCCGUCGGCAAGUUCGAGCUGAAGGUGAUGCGCUACUCCGGCGCCAGGGGCACCGUCAUCGUGCCCUACUGGACCGAGAACGACACGGCCACCGACUCCAAGGACUACGAGGAGGCGCGCGGCGAACUCAUCUUCGAAAACAAUGAAUCUGAGAAGUUCAUCGAUCUGUACAUCCUAGAGGAGAGCAGCUACGAGAAGGACGUCAGCUUCAAGGUGCACAUCGGAGAACCUCGUUUGGCGCCAGAUUCCACUCACUACCACGAUGAAAUGGCAGCCAAAAUCAAGGAGGUCGAAAAGAAGCCUGUGCAGGAACUCACCGAACUGGAUCGCAUCCUGCUGCUGAGUAAACCGAGAAAUGGCGAGUUGACCACCGCGUAUGUGCGCAUUCGUGAGAGCCAGGAAUUCAAGGCUACUGUCGACAAACUGGUGGCCAAAGCGAACGUCUCUGCCGUCCUUGGCACUUCGUCCUGGAAGGAGCAGUUCAAAGAUGCCCUCACUGUUAUCCCAGCCGAUGAAAGUGAAUUCGAUACCGACGAUGACGCGGAGGAGGAGGUGCCCAGCUGCUUCAGCUACGUGAGCCACUUCAUCUGUCUCUUCUGGAAGGUCCUCUUUGCAUUUGUGCCGCCCACAGACAUUUGCGGCGGCUAUAUAACCUUUGUGGUGUCCAUAUUCGUGAUUGGCGUCAUCACCGCCAUCAUCGGCGAUGCCGCCUCCUACUUCGGCUGCGCCCUCAACAUCAAGGACUCGGUAACGGCCAUCCUGUUUGUCGCCCUGGGCACCAGCAUACCGGACACAUUCGCCAGCAUGAUUGCGGCCAAGCACGACGAGGGUGCCGAUAAUUGCAUCGGCAAUGUCACGGGCAGCAAUGCGGUCAACGUUUUCCUGGGCAUUGGCCUGGCCUGGACCAUCGCCGCCGUUUACCACAGCUCCCAUGGCAAGACCUUCAACGUGGAGCCGGGAACGAUUGGAUUCGCUGUGGCGCUGUUCUGCGGCGAGGCCCUCAUCGCGAUCUUCCUCAUCAUGUUCCGGCGCUUGCACAAGGGCAUUGGGGCCGAGCUGGGCGGCCCGAAGAUCUCGAAGUACAUCAGCGCAGCGAUCCUGGUGUUCCUGUGGGUCUUCUACGUGGUCAUCUGCAUACUGGAGGCCUACGAUGUCAUCCGGGUGUAAGGAGCUGGCAGCCGCAUCGCUUUGACUUUGUCGAGGCGUUGGCCUCGUUGCCCGCAAGUCGCGUUGGAUUCUUAUUCAGCGUCCGUGGAGCUGGAGCGAAAUGUACGGAGGAUGGAGCUAACCGAUAUUCAGAUUCAGAAGCUGGCGAGAGAAGCUGUAGAUGCAGUUUUUAUAUGUAAACUUAUGAAAUUGAUUUAUAUAUAUGAAUGUGCUCGGCGCUAUAUAUAAAUAUUUCUUGUGUAAAAUUUAUGUUAAUACUAAAAGUAAAGUUUUAAUGUUUAAAUAGGUUUAAGUCAGGCUUAUAUACAAAACCAUUUUUACGAUUAUUGUCUCUAUUCAUAUAUGAAUUGUAAAUACAGAAAGGCUGCCACGGCUCAGCAAUCUUGUAACUGUAACUGUAACGAGAUCAUUUACUGUUAUGCCAUAUAUACUUAAUUCUACCUUCUAAAGUAUGAUUAUAUUUAUUAUAUCAUUCUGUGUACAACUUAAGUCACUGUUGUUGUUUGUUAAAGCUGUACUUAAUCCACCCAGAAAAAAUCAAAGCGAAGAGUCGGAAUCGAUUUUGGACUCGAAUCAGAGUUUGAAUCGCGUGCCGCACUCCGAAUUCGAAAUUGUCUCUCCAUCUGCCGAAUACCAUUGUUAAUUUAAUACAUGUGUAAGUUUUAGGAAGAUCUAAUGUUUUAGCCAAGAAGAAACGCAAUCCCUCUAGCCAUCUACUACAAGUACUACUACGAACCACUAUUAACUGAAUAGGAGCCUCCUCGACAACUAGUUCUAGUCACUUCACACACUAUCGACUAUCCAGUAUCGACUAUCCACACAAGUCCAACUAGAAACAAUUUCAUUACUCUGACCAAAAAAAGGGCGGCACUACUUACUAGCGAUUAGCGAUUAGUGAUUAGCAAGAAAGACCAUCAGUGUUUCCACACUGCACUAGAACAGAACUUGAACUUGAACUACAACCAGAGAGCACUAAUCAAUUUACUUCAAAAAAAGACUUUCUAUUCGCUUACGUCGCUGGCAGUGAUCGAAGUAGGGAAACUGGAUAUUAAGGCAAACACCAAAACAAUACCGAAAUAACUAGAGUUGAUUAUCGUACUCGUACUCGUAAUCGUAAUCCGAAAGUGUAACGAGCAGGUACAUAUUUUUUGUAUAAUGUUGUACUAUUUUUCAUAUAGCGAAAUUCUAGCAAAUUAACGAAAGAGGAAGCCUAAUGAUAUUUAUAGCCACAUGCAUAAAUUUGUAUUAUAUAUAUUUGGGGUCACACAACUGUACGGGGAACUCGUUGAGAAAACUGCGCCAAAUUUAGACGUAAUUGAUAAUUAAUUACCGCCUACAUAUACGAACUAUGAAACAAUUUAAUAAAUAUACAAAUACGAAUGAAUAAUGUAUUAAAUUAUACUUUCAAUGUUUACUGCUAGACAUUAUAAUUAAAUUUCUUUUUAAAUUUAUUUCAA